GCGUUGUGUCAGACAUUGUUUGAGUCGAUUAUAGGAAACAAUGAAUGCUUUAAUGGAUUGAUUUUAUUCACACUUUGUUUCGGUAAUUGUCUUCAAACUGAUCCCAAGAAAUGCUGUCAAACAACUCGACACAGAGUCACGGACCGCAAACGGGAGAUGUGUCCAAACAAUCGCGAUCUUUGACGGGAACGGUGACCAAACUGUUGGACAACUUCGGCUUCAUUGACGACUCCGUGUUCUUUCAGUUGAGUGCUGUGAAGGGCGGGGAUGUGUUGGUCGGCGAUAAGGUGUACUGUGAGUGCAGUUAUUCGGAUCACUUGCCCUUCAAGUGGAACGCGACGAAAGUCCAUUUGGUGCACACCGGCGGUCGACCCAACCCCUCGGCGCCCAACCCCUCCAACGCGACUCCACAGGUGGCCACCACUUACCUCCAGCAUCGGCUCCAACAGCAGCAACAGUCACGCGACGAGCCGUCCAACACUUCGCAGAACUACUACUCGAGUCAGUCGGUGUCCAACGCCGGCGCUUACGGCUCCGGACAGUCGUUUGAUUUCGCCAAAACACAACAGGCGGUCGCAGCCGCGCAACAGUUGGCCAGUUAUUACGGACAGCGCAACGACAGUAACGCCAACAACAGCUUCAGUCAAUUGCAAUACACGUCGACUCCAGGUUCGGCUUUCGUUUCCUCU